CAAAAACACUAUUUGCUCCCUUUUUUUCAUCUUUACAUUUUCUUCAUUUCUUAUUAGUUUCAAGUUUAUUUCUCCCUUUUUCAAAAAUGGCCACUGUUGAGAUUCAAUCCACACCAGCAACAUCAGUAGGAACUGCUCCAGCUGAAGUCGAGGCGAAAAUCACACCAGAGGCAACCAACAUUGAUGAAGUAGCCCCAGUUGUGGACGAAACAACACCAGCACCAGCACCAGCAGAAGAAACCUCUUCAAUUGAAGAGAAAGUGGUCCCUACUGUGGAAGAUACCGUGAUCGAAACAACACCAGCACCAGCACCAGCAGAAGAGGCUAUUUCAGUUGAAGAAAAAUCAGCCCCUGCUGUUGAGGAAACAGAGUCCUCUGAAGAAAAAACAGAGGACUCUGUUUUAACUGAGGAGGCAGUAGUAGCAGAAGUUGCAGAAGCACCAGCAGCAGAAGAUGAAAAAGUUGAAGUGAAGAUUGAGGCAAAAGAAGAAGAAAAAGUUGAUGAGGAGACAAGGGAACCAGCUGCUGAACCAGUUGAGAAGACUGAAGAGUAAAACUGAUUUUUGACUCUUUAUAAGGAGUGAUGAAAAAGAAUGAUGCAAUGAUUGGUGAAUAACAUGGGGGUGGGGGAUGAUGUUUUUAUAUUAUAAGUUAAGGUUUUAUAUAUUUACUAGUACUAUUUAGUAUGAUAACUAGAAUGAAGGAAUGUGUUGUUAUAAUGCAUAUAUCCUUGGGUCGUUGGUCUUUGUGGUUUUGAGUUUAGAUGAUAUGAGAUCUGCUCUCUUGUCUUUGAAUAAUAAAAGGAUGAGUAUA